AUGUCACGUGAUUUGCUAUUUAUCUAUCUAUAUAUCUAUUAUCUAUCUAUCUAUCUAUCUAUCUAUCUAUCUAUCUAUCUAAUUGCAUUUCUUUUGGCGGAGAAAGACUGUGUGCAAUUGGCUUUUCUUUCUUUCUUUCUUUCUUUCUUUCUUUCUUUCUUUCUUUUCUUUCUUUUCUUUUCUUUUUUUUUUUUUUUGAUCUCCUCCUUACUUCUCUUCUUAGCUUCCCUUGUUGCUCAAGCAGUAGACGCGUGUUCCAAACGGACGCACGGACUGGCAGCACUACAAACGGAAAUAAAGAUCACCGGAACAGGCGACAACGUGGAAAUGGGAUCGAAAGACGAACUCAGGCGAAAUGCGGACGAACCAAUUCCUCGCACCGUCAUCAUGUUCUUUAUUUUCCUCUUUUCUUUCUUUUGUUCUCAUUUUUCGCUCCCUAUUAACUUUUCUUUUUUUUUUUAUCAAAAAUUCUUUCGCCACCCGUUUCACUUUUUUGGUUCUUCUAUAACCUUCGCCCGUCUCCUUGCUCUCUUUCUUUCUUUCUUUCUUUCUUUCUUUCUUUCUUUCUUUAAAUUAAAAUUCUCUGUUUUUUCAAUUUCUUCUCUCUCGCACUCUUUGUUUCUUUCUCACACUCUUCUCUCUCGCACUCUUUGUUUCUUUCUCACACUCUUUUUUUUUUCUCUCUCUUGCCUCUAG